AGUAGGAGGCAGCUGGAUGGCUUAGUGGAUUGAGAGCCAGGCCUAGAGAUGGGAGGUCCUGGGUUCAGAUGUGGCCUCAAGACACUUCCUAGCUGGGUGACCCUGGACAAGUCAUUUAACCUCAUUGCCUAGCCCUUAUCGAUCUUCUAUCCUGGAGGGAAUACACAGUAUUGACUCCAAGACAGAAGAUAAUGGUUUAAAAAAAUAGAGUAAUGAGGAUACAAACAUAAUGAGGAUACAAAAAAUAAAAUGGGAUCUGAAAAUAUAGAUUACAAAUCCCCAUGUGAGGGAGCAACAUGUUGGUCAACAUAACUGAAUUGUAGAGUAUAUGGUUAAGUAGACUAGAAAGAUAAGAAGGGGUCAGAUAGUGAAGUGCCAAGAAAGACCAUUUUAUAUUUGAUCAUGAGGGUAAUAACCACUAUCUUUUAUUGUGUAGGAGGCCAACAUGGUCAAACCUGCAAUUUAUGAUGAAAUUAUUUUGUCAGCUGAGUACAGGAUGGAUUGUAUUGGGGAAAGACUUAAGGCAGGAAGACUGACUAGUCUACUAUAGUAAUAUUCCAGGCAACGGUAAUGAAAGCAUAUAAUAGUAUAAAAAAGGAGUUCCUCCCAAUCCAUUAUUUUCUGUAGGAAUAAAAGCAGAUUUGUGGGUGAUACCUUGAUUGGCCCAAAAAGUCAUUCCUGUUAAUAGCAUGUGAACAAUAAGAUAAUGGCUAGGUGGCAUAAAUCUAUUUUUAUGUUGACUUUAGGGUUUGUUUUCUGAGUGGAAAGAAUAAAACUUUUAGCUGAUGUCUGGUAAAUUAGGUCCAAAAGUGAGCUGCCUCAUGCUAACUGAGGCUUACUAGAUGAACAGAGCUACUCAAUGCAACCUGGAAAAGAGUAGUAUCAGUAAGGAAUUACUAAACCACCUGGGGAAAAUUGUUGCAUUGACCACUUGGUAUUACUGACUUCAUAGGCAGGAGCUUUGAAAAAAGCAAAAUUAAAACUCCUCUCUCAUGUCAGCAUUUGAGCAGAAAUUCCCAGUGUAUCAACAAAAUGAAAUACAUAAUGUGAAGUGAAUAUUGAAAUUGAAGAAACUCUUUAAGAGUAGACCCUAACCUGCUAAACAGUAUUCUAUAUAUUUGGUUUAUGGAAAGCCUCUGGGCUUUGGAUGGGGGUCAGCUUUAAGUUAAGAGUGGUUGACUAUGUUGUCCAUUUUAUAAUUUAUCACACCUUUUCCACUGUCUUGGGAUUUUGUAGAGGGAAUUCUUUGUUCGGGAUAGGUGAGAUUAGAUGGCCUUUGAAAGUUUAUUCCUUCUCUUUGUCGCUGAAUCAUUUUUCAGCCCUUUCCAACUCUGAGACCCCAUUUGGGAUUUUCUUGGUAGAAACACUGGAAGUAGCUUGCCAUUUCCUCCUCCAUUUUAUUUUACAGAUGAGGAAACUGAGACAAACAGGAUUAAGUGACUUACCCAGGAUCACAUACACUGCUAUAGUAAAUGUCCAAGGUGUAAUUUGAACUCUGGUCUUCCUGAUUUUAUGACCAGCACUCUAUCCAAUAGGCCAACUGAUAUUACUGCCUCUGGUAAUCUGUUGGAUUGGAGCCUUAAUUUCUGGAAUGUUUGCUAAUAAUUUAGUCACUUAGAACUGUCAGAGUACACAGAAGUUGAGGAAUUGGCUCAGUCACAAUUAGUAUUUGUCAAAGGCAAGACUUAAGUCAGUCAUCCUGAUGGUCUUUUCUCAGUCUCCUCAUUCUUAACUUCAUUGUGGCAUUUGAUACUGUUGACUACCCAUCUCUUCCUGAACAAUCUUUUUCCUCUGGAUUUUCAUGAUAGCAUUCUUAGUUCUUUUUUAUCUGUCUUGCAAUUCCUUCACUUUCCAUCAUCUAUAUCUUACCCCUUCACUGUAGAUAUUCCCCAAGUCUCUGUAGACUUUCUUGUCUUCCUACGCUCUCAUUUAAUGUCCUCAUUAGCUUCUCUACAGAAAACCAAGAUCUAUAUAUCUGGGCCCUAGUCUUUCUCCUGAGUUCUAGUUGCAUAGACAUCUCAAACAUACCCCACCACCACCACCCUUCCCCCUUUUUAUUUUCCUUUAUUCCAUCACCUCCGAGUUAUUCUUCACUCCUCACUCCACAGUGUCUCUGAACCCUUAUCUCCACUCACUUUCCUCCUUCAUCUAGACUGUUAUGAAUGGUAGCUUAAUGCUCUGUUACUCUCUCAGUCCCGUCUCUCACCUCCCCAACCUAUUACAUUGCUCUGCCAAAGUGAUUUUCUUAAAAGUGCACAUAGAACUAUCUCACUCCCUUACUCAACAGAUACCCUGGUUUCAUUAUUAUAUCCAGAAUCCAGUAUUAAAAUUCCUGCAGGCUGUAGUCUAGCCAUACUAAGUAGUCUUUUUUUAUUUAUUUCCCUCACACUCUCUCUUUGGAGUUUUGCACGGCCUAUCCCCUAAAUUUGAACUUAGUCACCCUCUUUUCUCUUCCAAAUCUUUCUUUUAAAAACUGCCUGAGGCUGCUCCCACGUGGAGAGCGAGCGGGCGGGCGGCCGGGGCGGGGCCGGCGCCACUGCGACCAUGAGGCUGCCCAACAUCCUGCUUACGGGUACACCAGGGGUUGGAAAGACCACACUCGGUAAAGAACUUGCAUCAAGAACAGGACUGAAAUACGUUAAUGUGGGUGAUUUAGCACAAGAAGGACAGUUAUAUGAUGGAUUUGAUGAAGAAUAUGUAUAUCCCAUUUUGGAUGAAGACAGAGUAGUUGAUGAGUUAGAAAAUAAAAUGAAAGAAGGUGGAGUUAUCGUUGAUUACCAUGGCUGUGACUUCUUCCCCGAACGAUGGUUUCAUAUAGUUUUUGUACUUCAAACAGAUAAUUCUGUAUUAUAUACAAGACUUGAAAAGAGGGGAUACAGUAUAAAGAAACUACAGGACAAUGUUCAGUGUGAAAUUUUCCAAAUUCUUUAUGAAGAAGCCAUGGCCUCCUACAAGCCUGAAAUAGUACACCGGCUGCCCAGCAAUGUACCAGAAGAACUAGAGAGUAAUUUAGAUCAGAUAAUUAAAUGGAUUGAGGAGUGGAUAAAAGAUAAUAAUUGAACCUUGAGGGGAAAGCAUGGAUUCUCGAGGCUUUCCACAUAAUGGUUACAGAUUUUCUUGAUGAUCUCUCCCUCCCUAUACAAUAGAAAUUAAGACAACAUACACCGGAUUUUACUAUCCAAGAUUGUGUUGUGGAAGUAACAGGUGGGCAAAAUAUAAGGUUGAGUUAUGGCUGAAUUAAUUUUUUUUUUCUCCAUGAGAAAACUGAAAACCCUGAAAUAAAUGAAUACGGCAUUAAGGACUUUUUAAGUUUAGGAAA